AUGUCAUCGUCGCCUGAGGGCGUCAGUAAUACAACCGAUCCGUCCGGUGGUGGAGGUGCCGUCGAGCAGCUACACUCACAUAUCAAAUUAUCAAUAUCGGCUGAUGAAGUGAAUCUACUCGUGUACAGAUAUCUUAUGGAGGCUGGAUUCCGUCACUCGGCGUUCACAUUCGAGGCUGAGUCCAGGGUGCCCCAAACCAGCGCUUUCGCAACUACCCAGAUUCCCCCAGGAGCUCUGGUGUCGCUCCUACAGAAGGCUCUCAUAUAUCUGUAUAUUCAAAGCCAUUGUGGAAAGAACGGCGAGCAGAUUAGAUGUGAAGGCUCCUUCAGUUUACUAAGGCCGCAUGAGCACUUAGUGCCGACAGCAACAGUGUCCGAGGAGGAGGAUGAGGAGGAAGAAGAAGAGGAGGAGUUUAAUAACAGAUCGACCAAGAGAAGCAGCCGUGGUGGUAGUCGGCGUAAUUCUGCGGCUGGAGAGGCUUUCACAGACGAUACCAGUCUGGAGGACUACAAUGAUGAUAGCAAGCGAAGACACUCCAAGGGUAGUCGCAGUAGUGUGGGGAAGAGGGAUGAGGAGGAGGAAGAGGAAGAUGGGGAGGAUUCGGGAACUCAUGAAGGGAGUAGUAUGACCAGCAGUCCCCGUAGCAAGAGGAGGCGUAGGAGGAGACGUAUGCAGAAGGAGCAGGAGAGGAGGAAGGGCGAGGAGACCGACGGAAGUCAGAGUAGCGCGUCGGCGCAAAGCACAGGGAAUGUGAAGGACACUGCAAGUGAAGUGAAAGCUCAGGAGGAGGAGGGGGAGAAGGGAGAGGAGGGGAGCCCGGCGGAAGGCUCCAGCAGUAGACCACCGAAGAUGCGGAAAAGGGGACGCUUGGUUACAGCUGGACCCUUGGCAGCAGCAGAAGCUGGGGAGGGUGAUGGGGAGGGAGAGGAGGAGGAUGCUGAGAUGAAGACUGAGGAGGAAGAGGGAACUGCUCUUGGAGCUACAGAGGAGGCUGCUGAGACGAAGGGUGAUGACCGUCACGACGGGAAGGAGGAAGCGAUAGUGAUGCCGCUAGUGUACUGGGGAGGGGGUUCGUAUAGAGUGUAUGAUGCUCGGUGGGGUAGGUACCAACUCGCGGACCCGAGUCGUGAUCGAUCUUCUCUGCAUUGCCUCUCUCCUGUAGCGGCGAUGCAGUGGUCUCCUGUAUUUGAUGGUCUACUUGCUACUGUCAAUGGUGAUGGACAAGUGGCUCUGUUCUGGUCGCCUAUGGGAGGGGAUGAUAGUAGUGAGCAGAGAGAAUGGAACAAAUCUUCGGAGUGCGAUGAUGCGGAUGGUCUUAUGGGGUAUCUUUUGGUGGAUGCUAGUGCUACGUCGAUAAACCUAUUGUUACAGCAACAGGAAGGAGACGACUCGAUGGGAGCAGCUGGUCAGCAACAAGCAUACUUAUCGUGGUCGGCGACCAAGGGGGAGUAUUCGGUGUUGGCCGUGAGUGGCGAGAGUAGUAGGAAUAUAAGGCUUCGUUGGGUAGAGCGAACGCAGAAGGGCUUUGUGAUUGCUGGCAGGGCAGAGCUGAAGUACUCUCAGGAAGGAGAGGAGAAGGAGGAGGGUGAGGGUGAGGGAGGGGGGUUUCACGCUGUUGAAUUUUGUGGCACUGAGAGUGCUGGAGAUUUGCCGGAAGUGGGAGGCAGUCCUAUUACAGGAGACCUGCCGGAAGUGGGAGGCACCAUCGCGGCCACUUCAACCUACCUUGCUGCGAGCAUGGAUGAGAGCGUGCUCAUCUGGCAGGUGGAUUGCAGUCGUCCGGGGGAGUCCCCUGAACUGAUAUGGACUGUCGAGGACACUUCUUCCUUUUCGAUGGCUUGGUUGGGCUCUACUUAUCUCGCCUUGGGAACUCUCUCGCCGUAUACACUGCUGGUUGAUACUCGUGAUAACGCUCAGAAGAAGCUUUUCCUGGUGGGGGAAGGGGAGGAGGUGGAGGGCGGCAGCAGCAGCAGUAGCAAUAGGUUCAUAUUAGAAUGCUCAUUCGAUGACUCUGGCUCCAAGAGGCUUGCUGCUAUCACCGACAGUGAGCCGACAGAUGCCUAUGUUACGGUAUGGAUGGACCCGACGGCCCGACGGCCUAAUAAGCCUGUAGUGUUGAGGAUCAAUUCGAAGGGGGAGACGCCUCCUCUGCAAGCCCAGGAGAUGAUAAGAUGGAUGCCUGGUAGUGAUGGGGAUGUCCUGUGUGCGGCUUACGAGGGAGGGGUAGUGGUUGUAUGGGAUGUGCUCAAUCAGUCGGUGCUUCAUCGACUUCCCUGUAUUGACACCAUCACGGCAAUAGAGUGGCAACGUGAGCUCUAUUUGGGGCAGGAGGGCGAGGGAGGAGAUGUUGUUGCUCCUCCACUUCUUGUUACGAUGAUGUUGGGGAAGAAAUGUGUCAUCUGGAGUGAAGGAAGGGUCGUAUCGGCUUUCGACUUGCGAUGUGAUGAUGAGAACGCCCCAGGGUACAUAGCAUGGUGCCCCACCUGCAACUACCUUGCAGCUAGUGCUGGUGGCAACGAGACGCCGCUUAUAUUUGAUGUUAAACCGGUGGUGAAGGAAGCGAGUAGAAGGUUUAUGACUAGUGUAAAACAACAGUAG